UAAAUUAGUUUCUUUAGGUUGUUUGUGGUGUUUAGGAUGACAGCUGAUCACUCCUCACAACUCAGACCAAAUUUCCCAUUCAAGUUUUUUCUCUCCCCUUACCAUGUGAUAAACAAUCAGGAAAUGGCCUGCAGUGCUGAUGGCUUACCCACAAGUGAGGCCCUCAGUCUCUUGCAUGAGGACAUCUCCAUCGCUUUGGAUGAAUAUCAGAAGACAGAAGCUGAAAAGAACAAAGGUUUUGGACCAAAGAGUGUUCUGUAUGAAGCCUUCCACCACAAGAGUAGUCUCUCUGUGUUUCAUUGGACAUCAGUGAUAGCGUUGAUCGUUGAAGGCAUCGUGCUGCUGGUGGCCUUCGCUGCAUGUAAUGACCCCAGGUACCAGCAUCUUCCUGCCGAGUCCUUCUUCAUUUUCUUAGCAGUAAUUCUUAACGUGUACUUGGUGUGGUGGGACACUCAGCUGAGGCACAAAGAGGUCCCAAGACUCACACACAACGUCUUAAAGGAUCUUAAAGAAUACCACGGCAAUGUGUUGUGGUCUGCCGAGAACUAUCCUCACCUCCACUCCCCCUGCAUCACCCUCCAGUGGACUCGUCGCGAUGGUAACACAGUCAACCUCCCUUGGUCUCUCCUGGUGCGUGGGGAUAUUAUACUCAUGAAACCUGGACAGAAAGUUCCUGCUAGAUGUAGGCCCAUGCAGUUUUAUGGACUUGUGGCUUCUUCAACCUUGAGCUGUGACCCCUUGUGAGGCGGACGUCCGCCAGCUCCAGGUAUGUACAUUAGACCAAGCAGUGCCCCCUGAGGUGUUUAUACACAUUGAUUAGGUCGCCUCUCGCCCGUCUGUAGUAUAAGCUAGGUAGUUGCAGGCGUUCUAAUCUCUCUAAGUAUUUGAGGUUCUGUAGAGUAGGCCCCAGUCUGGUAGCCCUCCUUUGGACAUUUUCAAUCAAUUGACAGUCUCUAGUAUACCUUGGGGAAGCAUCUGCUAAUGCCAGAAGAAUUCAUUCAGCUAAAAGGUUAAAGAGCAUAGAAACUCAGUUGCAACUUUCAUAUUCAAAAUCUAUCGGCUGUGAAACAGUUUUUAGAUAGACAGUGUCUUGUGGCACUUAUAUUCACUUAUUUUGUCUUGGGUUGACUAUUUUAACUCUUUAUGGGUUUGCCUACCUAAUUAUCUAGUGAAAAAAGUUCAGGGUGGUGAAAAAGGAUGCCAGGCUUACAUGUGCUCUCCUACUGGGGACUUCCACUACCCUAUUCUUAAUCGAAUUGCACUGGCUUCCAAUUAAAGAAAGAAAAAAGUUCAAACUCUGCCUAAUGACUUUUAAGGCACUUAUGUUUGAUGAGCCUAAGUAAUUGUCCAACCUACUAAAUCCUCUGACCUAGAGCAUUGUGGAAAUGCUCUUUUGUGGCCCAAUCCUUUUCCUAUAUCGCACCCAGAUUGUACAAUCAUUUGCCUGCAUCCAUGAAGCAGCUGACUUCUGUGGAGGCUUUUAAGAAACAACUUAAGACCUUUCUUUUAUUUUGAAAGCACAUGAUCCUGAAAAGAGCUUUGGAAGUGAUACAACUUAAGGAUUAAUGAACUGUCACUUCUUGUGAUUUUUGUUAUAUUUUUAUUUUUAUUUUUUUAUUCUCAGAACUUUGACUUGUGAAAUUUUGAGCGCUAGUGAAUUACUUGGAAGAAUUGGAGCUUUUGUUUCUCAAAAGUGCCAGCUUUUAUUAUUAUUAAAACAAUAUCUGAUUGAUCAAUAAAUCUCCCAGAGCUAACUGGGUACUAAGGGCAUGGAAUGGGGGGAGGGGAGGGAAGAGUGCAAAGAAGAGGAGAGAGAGAUGAUAGAAGGGAAAGGAGAGGAAAUUAAUUCACUUACCAAAGAACAUAGUAAAAUCCAUACGAUCUUCAGUUGGAACCUUGUGCUUCAGGAAGACCAUGUAACAGGCAUAAAGAAUAGCUCCAGCUAUUGACCAUACCACACCAACAGGCACAACUGAACUUUCAAGGUUGAGGUCUUCCAAACUAACAAAAACCUGAAAAGUAAUUGGCAAGACAUAUAUCCAAAAUAUCUUAAAAAUAUUUGUUGGGUAUAUUCAAAGUUUUAAACUGUUUUUUCUUGGAUAAACACUGUCAUCAAUCACAAAACAGUAAUGAGGUCUCCUAGCUUUCAAACAUGUAUCAUUAUCACAUGUACACUUUCCAGAACAUGUAGUGUAUCUCGAAAACUAGAUACACUACAAUACUGUACAGGGAUCCCCGACUAACGAACGUCCAACUUACGAACGCCUGCAGAUAUGAAUGGGGUUAAAUGUGAAAUUUACAGUAUCUCUUUAAUUUACCUGUAAGCCCCCCAGAAGAUGUUUUAAAUCUGACCAAUAUCAUGUACAUUUUGAGGCUAUGUGCACUUGAUAUUAGGAGAUAUUCUAAAAUCAAUAGUAAAUACUUUUUACAAUACAAAAAUGCCUGAGUACAAUACUGCAUUAAAGAAAAAGUAUUGGAAUUUUCUGUUGAAAAGGGAACCCCCGCCCUGGAUCCACCCAUGUGGUUAUUUGCACAUACAGGUACAAAAUAUUUAAAGUCAACAACAUCCUGCAGUCUCCCAUCCACACCACUGCACCUCUUGUGUACCCACCUUCCACACUCACUGCACAUUACUGAUGCUACCAACACCAUUCUUACAGACAACACAUAGCCAUUAGCAAUUUUGGAUAGUGCAAACUUUGAGGAUGGAAAUUUCUGAAAAAUAGUUGAAUUAUGAUAUAUUAUGAACUAUGGAAGUUUUGGUGGAUAAAUAUCACAAAGAUGAAGCAUAAAAUUUUAUAUGCUAAAAUCUGGGCCUUUGGCUGGUUAUGUGCUACAGUCUUAAAAAAAUAAAAUAAUAUAAUAUACCUGUAAUAAUAUAAAAAUGGACAGUACUGUACAUUACAUCUAAUACAAUAUUUGACUACUUACCACACCUGCAACCAUAAGAAGAACUGAGGCCAAUUUGGAGAGAGUAAACUUGUCUGUUAAGGAUGAUGGAAAUAUGGCAGCAAGAAUCAAGGUAAACAAUCCAGAUGUUGAUGAAAUAAUAUUGACAACACCAGCUUCUGUGUUGCUAAGUGCUAUUUGGUAGCUGUAAUUGCCUGCAAACCAC